CUUUUUUUUUCAUUUUUUCACUUCUCGUUCUUACAUGCCUUCUAUAAAUACUCCUACUGUAGAAAGUCUACAUAUUUAUCCCAUUAAGUCUUGCCAUGGUGUACAGGUACAAGAAUGUAAAGUAGAUAACUUAGGAAUCAAAUAUGAUCGCCAGUUCAUGAUUAUUUAUGCUGAUAACAAUCGUUUUAUUACUCAAAGAAAAUACACAUCUCUUGUCUUUCUUCAUCCAACUUGGGACGAAUCUAAUAACACCUUCACUUUGUCAGCCAAAGGACAAGAACCUCUGCAUUUACCAUUAACACAAGAUUUGGAAAAACUUUCAAAGCGAGAGGUAGAUUUAUGGAAAUCUGACUUGACCGUAUACGAUAUGGGGGACGAAGCUGGUGAUUGGGUCACCCAAUUUUUGACAAACAAUCGCCAUCUUGAUCAUUUUAAUGAACCCGUUCGUCCUGUCCGACUAGUUACACUGGAUGAUCCUAAAAACGGGGUCUAUAGUAGACAGACCCAUCCUCAACUACAAGGUAUUCAUUCUCCUUUCACGGAUUAUUCCCCCAUCUCCAUUGGAUUUACUACCAGUUUACAGGAGGUGAAUAAGGGUUUGUUACAAACCGGUAUUAGUCAAGGAGUUCAAAUCCCUAUGAAUCGAUUUAGAAAUAAUAUCAUUAUUUCUGGUACAGUACCCUGGGAAGAGGAUCAAUGGCUGGUGGCAAGGUAAUAAGCGACAAUUGUAUUUAUAUGACCGGCACGUUGACAUGGGAUAGUAAUUAGGGUUGGCGAGGUUGUAUUAUACAUUAUUCAACCAACCGCACGGUGCCCAGUCCCUGGUAUUGAUCAAGAUACAGGUGUUAAAGAUGAUUGGAAGGGUAAAGGCAUGAACGAUUAUUUGAAGGUAAGCCGCUGUUUUGCCGAAGAGCCAAAUGAAGGCCAAUUCUGCUGUGACGCCGCUCCUUUAACUUCAGGUACAAUUCAUGUUGGUGACAAGAUCGAGAUUCUCGAAACUAUCCCCCCAGAGUAUAGACAGCAUCCACUUGUUUCCCAACAUUUUAAAUAGAGUCAUUUAAAUCACGUCCAUAAAAUGGUUUUUU